UGUUUAAACUUCUAUAGCAGUAAGAACAUUUUCAUUUACUAGCAGGUCUUAUAAACGCGACGUACAUAUUUUGAAUUGUAACAUAAUGUUUUCAACAAAUAUUAUACUGGUUUUGUGUGUCGUGGGUAUUAUAGAGAAAAGUAAUACCGCAGGCAACGAAAAUAUAUCCGAUACAGUGGAUGCAGCUUCUACGAGUGGUACUUCUGGUGUAGUAAAUACAAAACCAAAUGUGGACAAUUUGACAUACGAGCAAUGGCAAGAGAUUUUUAAACGCUACGACAACGAUAAUGACGGUUUUAUCUCCACAUCGGAAUUUCAGAUACUAGUAUUCAACGAGUUCCAAGGAUUCCUCACCAUUCGCCAAGCAGAGACAUACUUUUAUUUAAUUAAAUUGGAAGAAAGCAAUGAAUUAGAAUUGGAACAAUUGAUACAAAUGAAACCGAUAAUAUUUGUUUUAUCAAAGGGAAAAAGUGAACUGGAUAUUGAAUACUUCGGCAAAAAAAAUAGCCAACUUUCAACGCAGGAAGUUGUGUACACAAUAGCGAUUCUUUUUAAAAAUGUGUUCUCAGACGAGAAAGAAGUUUUAGAAGUACUCAAACUUUUCGGUCAAAACGGUAAAAUAUCAACAAUUGAAUGGACAAAGUACUGCGAAAUACUAAAAAUGUUGGGGGCUACGCUAAUGAUGGCAACUAUACAUACACGUUUUCGUGCAAAUGACAACGGUGUUGUUGAUUUUGCUGAUAAUGUGAGCCUCUGCCAUAAUAGCGUUCUAUCCUUGGUUUCACCUGGGACUCCACCUACUGAAUUCUACAAUGAAUUCAAGAGAAUAUUGGAUUUAUUAAAGUGUCAAGGAGAAUAGAUAAUUAUCCUAUGAGAUAAUACACACGACGCACGCUUCGUAUAUUGAUAGUAACAUGAUAAUAAUUAUUGUACAAAGAUUUUGUAAAAAAGUGAAUUUAAAUGUGUAAUAUAUGUUAUUAACUGGAUAAUUGGGAUUAUUUAUGUUACAAUAUACAUACAUACAUUUCCAUAGGGAUAAACGGUUGUUAAUAAUCAAUAGAUUAUUUAAUACAUUUGUAU